AUGAGUACCUUCUUCCGCGACGUGGAAUUCCAGACCGUGGACGGGCUGACCCUUAGGGGCUGCUUCUAUCCCGCUCCUGGCCGUGGUCCUGCAGCCAUCAUUACGCCCGGGUUUAACUGCGUGAAGGAGAUGUUCGUGCCAGAGGUGGCCGAACAGUUCCAGCUUGCCGGAAUUUCAGCACUCAUUUACGACCCACGCAGCCUAGGCCUCAGCGAUGGUCAGCCCCGGAACGAGAUCGACCCGAUGAAGCAGGUCUCAGAUUACUCAGAUGCGCUGACCUACCUCCGCGGCCUUCCCGAAGUCGAUCCGGAGCAGAUCUUCUUCUGGGGCCAGUCCUUUGCCGGCUGCGUCGCACUCUGUGCUGGCGCCCUCGACAAGCGCGCACGCAUGGUCGUUUCCAUCUGCCCACUACUGGACUUUGAACUCACGCCGCAAAAGUUCCCCCGCGUUCUCGCACGCAGCAUGGCCGACCGCGAGUCCCGCGCCGCCGGCAACCCGCCAGUCUUUUUGCCUGUGCUGACCGAGGACGGCGUCAACCCCGCCGGCCUGGGUAUUGGCGCCGACAAGGAGGAGUUUGAUUACAUGGUCAACGCCAAAAAGUACGGCGCCAGUCGCCACGAGAACAGAACGACGCUUCAGUCGUACUACAAACUCAUUAUGUGGCAGCCCCAUGGUAUAAUGAAGUACAUGUACCAAACGCCCGUUCUCAUGGUCAUUCCCGAGCUGGAUCAGAUCUCGCCCCCAGAUCAGCAAUUUGAUCUGUUCGGCACGUUUCCAGGCCCGAAAAAGGCGCACGUAUCUGUUGGCAAAGGACAUCUUAAUGUACUCAGCGGUCCAGAGUUCCCAGACCUGGUUAAGAUGCAGGUGGACUUUAUCAAGAAUGUUUUGGCUGGAAAGGUAGAUGAGUAUGUGGGUGUUGCGCACGGAACGAGCAAUGGCGAGACCAAUUGA